AUGGACAAACCAUCAUCAUCUUCUUCAUAUCCAAGCAGUGAUAGAAUACGACUGAAUGUCGGUGGGAAAAUUUUUGAGACCACACUAUCUACACUAACAAAAAUCCCGGAUACGGUUUUAUCAACAAUGGUGGCUGAGCGUUGGAGGGGUGAAGGUGAAUUGUUUAUUGACCGAGACCCGACACAUUUUUCAAAGGUAUUUUAGCU